GCCUUGGAGGGUCCGAGGAGGAAUUAGAAGACGACAGCAUAUUGUUUUUCAGUAUUACUGGGUCCCCCCGAAUCACAGAGUUGCUAAACAGGGAUUACUGCUGGAUUACGAACGGGGUCAGGUUUUACUGUCUCGAUUUCUACAAUCUGCUUGUUCAGUGCCUAGUACGGUGUACUUUGCCUGCUCUCCCACAUUUAUUGUUGAAGCUAGUGGAAGUGUUAAAGACACCUUUGUUGGAGCCAGAAAUGGACAAUACAGGCUUCUAAAAAUAAUCAUUGACAAUGAGCAGCUUGUUGUGGGAUCCUCUAAGCGACCAGUUGGAUCAUGGGAAAAGGAUUAUGAUGCCUUUGUCCUUCCCCUUCUUGAAGACAAGCAGCCUUGUUAUAUAUUGUACAGAUUAGAUUCUCAGAAUGCUCAAGGAUAUGAAUGGAUCUUCAUUGCGUGGUCACCUGAUCACUCUCCUGUUCGUCAAAAAAUGUUGUAUGCAGCAACCCGAGCAACACUGAAGAAAGAAUUUGGAGGUGGCCAUAUUAAGGAUGAAGUAUUUGGAACUGUUCACGAUGAUGUUUCACUGAAUGGAUAUAAAAAAUAUUUGAUAUCGCAGUCCUCCCCUGCGCCUCUGACUGCAGCAGAAGAGGAACUUAGACAAAUUAAGAUUAAUGAGGUGCAGACGGAUGUUGGUGUAGAUACCAAGCAUCAAACACUGCAAGGAGUAGCAUUCCCCAUUGCUAAAGAAGCUAUCCAGGCUUUGGAGAAAUUGAAAAAUAAGAAACUGAAUUAUGUACAACUGCAAAUUGACAUGAAAAAUGAAACAAUUAUUUUGGCCAACACACUUCAUACUGAACUUAAGGACUUGCCAAAAAGAAUUCCAAAGGAUGCUGCGCGUUACCACUUUUUCCUGUAUAAGCAUGCCCAUGAAGGAGACUAUUUGGAAUCCAUAGUUUUCAUCUACUCUAUGCCAGGGUACACUUGUAGUAUACGAGAACGAAUGCUCUACUCUAGUUGCAAAAGUCCACUGUUAGAAAUUGUAGAAAGACAGUUGUGGAUGCAGAUAAUUAGAAAGAUUGAAAUCGAUGAUGGCGAUGAGUUAACUGCUGACUUUCUUUAUGAAGAGGUUCAUCCAAAACAACAUGCUCACAAGCAAAGUUUUGCUAAGCCAAAAGGUCCUGCGGGGAAGAGGGGAAUACGAAGACUGAUUAGAGGUCCAGCAGAGACUGAAACACCUAGCGAUUAGAAACUGUUGUCUGCAUUUCUUAUAAAGUAUUACAGUAAGAAAUUAAAUUCUGGCUUUUGAUAAUGAACUGAAAUCAUUCCAUUCAUAGAUGCUA